GCGCAUGCGCGGCGCCGCCGGACCGUUUGACGGCGGGUUCGAUUCAAACGGCGGCGGCGGGAUAUGGAGGGGGGAACUUCUCGCAUUCCCGUCUACGGCUUGUCCUACCGUGCCGGGCCGCCCGCAGAAAUGCAAACGGCUUUUCCUUCAAAGAAACAAUGCGUCGGCAAAACACCAGAUCUAGAGUUCAACAAAGAUCCCAAUUUUAACUUUAGCUCAAACAUUCCAGCAGAUGGUGUCUUCAAAGCUACAAACCAAGGGUUGCCUAAAUCUGCCAAGAAAGUGGAACCGCUUUCAAAAAAGACAGCUGCAAGAGGACCCCUCAACAGAUACAAGCUAGAAGCAGAGCUGAAGACCAAGAAUCAGCUGUUAGAAACAGCCAAACAGCAGCUACACUCCAGACUAACGGGAGCACAAGGCACUAUCAAGGAGUUAAAGGAGGAAAAUGAAGGCCUGGUACAAGAAGUUGAGAAGCUGAAGAAAUUCCAGGAGACUUGCAUGGUGAUUUUAGAAAGCAGAAACAUUGAUCCUGUUACAGGUAGCAACAUUUUGGAGGAGGAAGAAAGGACACAAGAAUGCCAGAAGCAGACAACGCUGUUAACCGAGAAGCUCAUAGAAGAAUUGAGGCUAUUUAAUCAAACAGCCACAAAGGAAAACGAAGAGCUUCAGACAGCGAUGGCCAAGUGGAAAUCAGCAGAAGAAGGGAGCCAGCAGUCCCUGGAGAAGCAUUCCUCCUUUCAAGGGGAAAUUAAGGAAUGUUCAGCAAUACUUGAUGAGUUGGAGCUGCUCCUGGCCAUGUGAGGCACGAGGACAGACUGCAUUGUCUCUCUUUUUGGAUGUUUUACCCUUAGUUCGGUAGUCUCUACUUCACCAACCUCCUUCCUACGUUUGGUGGUCUGAAACCCCGAGCUGGUGAUGGCUCUGGGGGACAGUGGAUGGUGGGGACAGCGGCAGCAAGGGCUGACUGCCCGUGUGCCGAACGCUCCCGCUGCUCCUCCCAGGUCUGCCAGGGCUGUGCCUGCCCUGUCUCGCCGCACCCGGCGCCGGUGAGGGCCCGUCUGGCCCGCUCCGUCCCCGCGUUGUGAUUAUUCCCGUUUUUAACCCAUUAAACGUGUCGGAAGGAGGAGACGCGCCGUUACUGCCCUUGCCGCACCGCUGAGCAG